UUAGAACAAUUAAUGGCUACUUUGCUUUGGAUAAAUAAAACAUAAUUUUGGCGCAGUGUCUUACAGGUAGAUUGAGCAAAGCAUGAUGCCUAUAUCUCACAGCUGGAUUCGAUCUUCAACAAAAUAAUACGCCUUCAAACAAUAAGGCUUCCAUCGAUCUAGAUAUUCCUAUAUAUAGUCAAUCAUUAAUUGUCAUCUAACCAUCUCUAACUGUUAUGUAGCUUGUGCAGCUGUUUUCUCACAAAAAACAUCUGUAUCUUUUCCGGAGAUCCAUGGUGUGUUCGUCAUCUCUAACUGUCGUCGUUGUUUCCUUGAGAUGUUUUUCGCAUCCAACAUCUAUAUAAAGGCUAGGCAUCCUUUUUGCUAAUCAAAACCAAGUUGAAAUAUGGCCAUUCAAAGCUACUUGUUGUUGAGCCUCCUGCUGGUUUUUGGCUCUUGUUUUAAUAGCCUAGCUGCUACACAAUGUGACACAGCUUCAUUCAAUCGCAAGAGCUUUCCUCAAGAUUUUGUUUUUGGGGUAGCAUCAUCGGCAUACCAGUAUGAGGGCGCAGCAUUUAAAGAUGGAAAGGGACCAAGUAUAUGGGAUGAGUACACACAUAAAUUUCCACGCAAGAUAUCUAAUGGCAGCAAUGGAGAUGUCGCCCUAGAUUCAUAUCACCGGUACAAGGAGGAUGUUCAGAUUAUAAAAAAAAUGGGCUUUGAUUUCUACAGAUUCUCAAUCUCUUGGCCUAGAAUAUUGCCAAAAGGAAAAAAGUGCGGAGGUGUGAAUCAGAAAGGAAUUAAUUACUACAACAAUCUCAUCAAUGAACUCCUGGCCAAUGGCAUACAACCAUUUGUCACCCUUUUCCACUGGGAUCUUCCACAGGCCUUAGAAGACGAGUAUGGAGGAUUUUUAAGUGAUAGAAUCGUGAAUGAUUAUCAAGACUUUGCGAAAAUUUGUUUCGAAAAUUUUGGAGAUCGAGUUAAACAUUGGAUCACAUUGAAUGAGCCAACCAUGUUUACCAUGCAAGGCUAUGUUGCGGGCAUGUUCCCACCAGGUAGAUGUUCUGCUUGGAUGGGAAAAAACUGCACUGGUGGAGAUUCAGGAACAGAACCAUACAUGGUGUCGCACAACCAAAUCCUUGCUCAUGCUGCUGCUGUGAAACUGUACAGGACAGGGUUUCAGGCAAAACAAAAGGGCAAGAUAGGGAUUACAUUACAAUCAAAUUGGUUUGUGCCAUUGUCUAAUGCUAAAGAAGACCUUGAGGCUGUCAGCCGAGCCCUCGAUUUCAAUCUUGGAUGGUUUAUGAGUCCAUUAACCAGUGGCGAAUAUCCAAGUUCAAUGAGAUCUCUUGUAGGAGAAAGACUGCCCAAAUUCUCCAAGAAACAAGCUGGAUCUAUAAAGGGAUCAUUUGAUUUUAUUGGAUUGAAUUAUUAUUCUGCCAAUUAUGUGGCCCAUAAAUCUCAAUCUAAUGAUACACACCCAAGCUAUGAGACAGAUUCCCAUGUUGCUUCCUUCUUUGAACGUGAUGGAAUUCCCAUCGGUCCACAGGCAGGCUCAUUUUGGCUCCUCGUUUACCCAAGUGGACUUCAUGAUCUUUUGGUUUACAUAAAGAAGGCAUACAACGAUCCAGUUAUUUACAUCACCGAGAAUGGUGUUGACGAGUCAGAUAACCCAAGAUUGCCCCUAAAGGAAGCCCUCAUAGACAACCAAAGGAUCGAUUAUUUCCAUCAGCACCUUUCUUUUGUGCAAAAAGCCAUCAAGGAUGGUGUGAAGGUGAAAGGAUAUUUUGCUUGGUCGUUAAUGGAUGGCUUCGAGUGGGUAGUAGGAUACACAUCACGUUUUGGUCUGAAUUAUAUCGAUCAUAAAGAUGGACUCAAAAGACAUCCUAAGCUCUCAGCCAAAUGGUUCACGAGAUUUCUCAAGAAAUAGGCACACGGCCUCAAUUGAAAUCUCCACUGAAUUUUAUUAAUUGUGAUCUUCACAAGUGAGGCAUGAUUUAAUCCUUAUUUAUAGUGUAUUUUGCUCUUAAAUAAAUCUGAAGUUAUGAGCAAGGAAUUAUUUUCCUUUCUUUUGCUGUUGAUAUGUUAUAUCUGAUAAGUGAAAAUCUUAAGUUGUUGGGCCCUCUCA